AUGUUGGGCUGUCCAACUAUUUUUCAAGGUGUUACGCAUGGUUUCAUACCGACUGGUACAAGAGUUUUAUUAUUGAGAGCAACAGUAUUAAAAUCAGCCAUUAGCAGUGAUACUUACAAUUACGGUAGUUUGGAUAAUAUUGGACUUGCAUUAGAUUAUUUUGAUAGUCCAUUCAAUCGCAAUAUUGUGAUCAAUGGUGAUUUUGAACAAGGUCCAACUCCAUCGCCUUAUGGAACAAUUGCAGCAUAUGUACCUAAUUGGCUAGUUGUACGUGGUGUAACGACAGCACUAGACUAUUCUCCACCAGGUCAGAGAAGUAAUCUGGGCUUAACUAGCACAUCACCGGGACCAAGCGAUCGUGGUCAACGUUAUGUUUAUGGUGGAAAUGGAACUGCACUAUUACGUCAGGUGAUUUGUUUCCCUUCCUUUUCACCAUAUAUCGUUAAUCAAACAUUGUUAUUUAAUUUCUCUGGUUGGCUUGGCGGAUAUGGCACUGAAGGGGAUGGUUCAGGACUCACGAUAGUGUUUAUUGACGAAAAAACUGGUUAUGGUAUUUUCCCCUUACACGGUGGUGUCGAAUAUAUGCCGGGUCCCAUGCCAAAAGAUCGAAAUAAUCAAACGUUAUUGAUGUUCUACAGUGUCGCGGGAACUGUACCGUUGGGCGCACAUUGUAUCGUGCUGACAGCGUCGGCAAGUCAACCUACUGGUCAAUAUAACGAUGGUUAUGCAGACAAUAUUAGCUUUGUGCUUUCAUAA